AAAUACAUAAUUUGUAAAAAAAAUCAAAACAGAGUGCAAAAAAACUCCAAAAUAUCUAGAAUGCAAAAAAACUUCACUGCACGCUGCCACUGCCCACAAAUUAAACCAAAGUACCUAAGGUGCAUAAAACUCCAUAGUAUCAAAGGUGAAAAAAUUUCCAAAGUAUAAUUUUGAUUAUCCAAGAGAUAUAAAUCAAAUAAUGUUAUAAUUAGUAUAAAUCUAAUUAUUUAAAGUGCCUUACAGCCCUUAGUUACGGACUUACGGCCUCCCCCAACCUGCCACGCCGCCGCCCGCCGGCCACCUCCUCCAGUCGGCGAGUCUUCCGGUGUCUUCCCGCACGCCACCGCAAACAAAACAGAGGAAAAUUUGUAAGAUGGGAGGGUUUGAAUUGGGUGCUAACCGGAGGAGAAGCAAUAAAAAACAAUAAUGGUGUUUCCGGAUGCCGGAAGAAAUUGCUUCUCCGGGUUCUGUUGUGCAGGGGAGUUCGGAGGGGAAUCCGGGGCCCGGAACGGGUUCUUCUCCCGCGAGGAUCUCCUCCCUUCACUCGGAGCGAGAAUCAAUCAAUCUGCAGAGCUUAGGAAAUACAUUGUCUCUCCCUUCGAUCCCCGGUACAGGGCAUGGGAGGUGUUCCUGGUGUUUCUGGUCAUAUACUCAGCCUGGAUAUCUCCCUUUGAGUUUGCUUUCUUGACCUACAAAGAGGACGCCUUGUUCAUCAUUGACAACAUCGUCAACUGCUUCUUCGCUAUCGACAUCUCUCUCACCUUCUUCGUCGCGUAUCUCGAUACCCAUUCCUAUCUUCUCGUCGACGAUCCCCGCAAAAUCGCGACCAGGUAUGUAUCGACAUGGUUCAUAUUCGACGUGGGAUCAACGGUCCCAAUCCAAGCUCUCAGCCUCCAUUUCACCGAUCACGAGACAAGGGGCGGGCUCGGCUUCAAGCUGCUAAGCAUGCUUCGGCUAUGGCGUUUGCGCCACGUCAGCGCUCUAUUUGCAAGACUUGAGAAGGAUAUAUGGUUUAGCUAUUUCUGGACCCGUUGUACAAAGCUCAUCUCCGUGACGUUGUUUGCGGUGCAUUGCGCGGGAUGCGUCAACUACAUGAUAGCGGAACGAUACCCGGACCCGAAGAGGACGUGGAUUGGAGCGGUGUACCCGAACUUUCGGGAGGAGAGGGAUUGACGUCUUAUAUCAUUGGAAACAUGACUAACCUCGUUGUUCAUUGGACCAGCCGCACCAAAAGUUUUAGGGAUAGAGUGAAAGCGGCUUCUGAGUUUUC